GGUUGUCUACGCAUAAGCAAACGUUAUGGCUACUUUAAAAAUUAAUUUUAUCUUUGUGAUUGUCGCUGCAGUCUUCAUUUCAAAAGCUGUAUGUUUGCAUCCAGCAUUAGCGUCUAAAGAUUUCGACAUGUUAAAAAUGCAAAUGAGAACAAUGUGUAACAAAAGUGAAGCUGAUACACAAUUUUCAGUAUUCGUAGAUGAAACUUUAAGCAAUUUCGUGACUUGUGUUAAUGAAAGUGUUAUAGCUGAAAACGAUGAUCUAUACAUUUUCAAAUCUUUUAAUUCAAAAGUUAAAUCAAUAUGUCAUGUUGCACCUUCAAUGAUAAAGUGUUCCCACAAUAUGACAAAAUCAUUUGAAUUUUGUUACAAUGAAACUCAAUUAAAACAAAGUGAAAAAAGCUUAGAAUUUCUUGAUCAGUUUCACGUUCUCAUGUGCAGUGAUCAAGGACAACGAAUAAUAAGUAUACACGAUAAAAUGGAUUGUAUCAGCAACCGUACAGAUUUAAAGAGUUGCGUCAAAACAGAAUUAGAUAUAAUUGAAAAAUUUAAAAAUUCAUCACCAUUUGAAAUUCAAUCAGCAAACCCACUCGGCUAUCUUAUUCAUAAUUGCUCACGUAUUCAAGAAAUAGAAACAUGUAUUGUUGAAGAAAUCUCACAAUGUGACGACGAAAAUGUACAAAUUCCAACAGAAGAUUCACCAACAUUUUACUCACUGGAAAAUACAACUAGAAAAAUAUUUUCAUUGUUGAAAAAUGUUAUGGAAUGCAAAAAUAACGAAGUUCAAGAACCUCAAGUUUCAAUUAUUCAAUCACUUCUUAAAUCAUCAUCAUAA